AUCAGUGUACUCGGAGUGAGCUCCGUGCUGUGCAGUGACUGCGUCCGCAGCGGGUGAUGCCCGGGCCCAUUGAGAAACCAGACGACGCUGCUAAUCCUGCGAUGUGAGCCGAUGGGGACUCGUGAGAGAAUGGUACGCUCCGAGCCCCCCUGUACGUAGGGCGCAAUGGUACGCCCGGGUGACGUCACCGCCAUACAGGAGAGAGUGGACACGGCAACUGCUCGGCGGCGCCAGAUUCAAAUGUUUCGUCGCGGCGAUAGCUCCCGGGCCACCGUGUCCCAGUGCUCCGCCCUGGGGAUGGAGAUUAAGCGCAAGAAGAUCCGGGAGAGCGUCAUCUUCCCCCCGCAGGAAGAGAACAACGUUCCAGAGAAGCUAGACUUUGAGAGUCGUAUGCGGGACGGAAUAUGCAAGCUGCUGUCAGUCAGCACUCAGAAGGAUCAAAUACUUAAUGCAGUGAAGAAUCUUAUGAUCUGCAAUGCACGUAUCCAAGUUUAUAGGACACUGCUCCAUUCUGCACUGGAAGGAAGUCACCCAACGAGCGCUGGGCGAAGGUCAUCAGAUGCUGAAAUGAAACAACGGCUGGCUUGUAGAGGAAAACUAGCUAUAUCAGGUUUUCGGAUUCCCUUGAUGUGGAAGGACACUGAUCAUUUUGGCAACAAAGAAAAAUCACAGCGUUAUGCAGUUUUCUGCAUGUUAAAACUGGGGCAAGAAAUAUAUGACACUGACAUGGUCAUUGUGGACAAAACUAUGACUGAUAUAUGUUUUGAUAAAGCCAUUAUAUUCGCUGAAGCAAGGCCAGACUUUCAAUUAAAGCUGGAGGUAUAUAGCUGCAGCAUGGAGGAAUUGUCUAUAACAAACACUCCCAAGAAACUUGCGCGGAAGCUUAGAAACUCAAUUGGGAAAUCUGCAGGGAAGAAAUUUAAUUCAGAACCUGAAGAAUCUGAGCCAGAAGCUUUUUUGUUCUCCAAUCCUCACAUGCCGGCGGCAAAAUACAACCUUCUGGCUCAUAUUACAUUCACUCUGGACAAUGUGGAGGGCAGCUGCAGCACACAUACCCUUACAGUCACUGGGCAUGAAGAGUCCUCCUUUUGGCUACCUUUAUAUGAGAGUCUUUGCUGCCGUUUGGUUGUACAACCAGCCUGUAUGACGGAUGAAGUAAUGAUGGGCUUUCUUAACCAACAGGAAAUGGUUGGUGGUCUCCGUAGCUGCCUCCGGCUGUACUGUGUACUGCGAGGUGUGAACCUUUACUGCUACUACACACCAGAAGAGAUUGAGGCUAAAAUUGAACCUAGCAUGAUCGUUCCUAUUACCAAGGAGACAAGAAUUCGGGCUGUGGAGAAAGAUUCUAAGAAGAGAACUAACAGUUUUACUGUCAUCAACCUGGUGUCUGGCGAGGCAGUAACAAAGAUAUUUUCUGCUGACAGCAAAGAGGAACUUCAAAAAUGGAUGGAGGCCUUCUGGCAGCAUUUCUACAACCUUAGUCAGUGGAAGCAAUGUUCAGAAGAACUUAUGAAAAUAGAGAUGAUGUCACCACGGAAACCACCAUUGUUCCUAACAAAAGAGGCAGCCUCGGUGUACCAUGAUAUGAGUAUCGGCUCACCAGUGAAAUUUGAAAGCUUAACAGAUAUUCUGCACAGGAAGAUUGAAGAAACUGAUGGUCAGUUCCUUAUUGGGCAGGAAGAGUCUGCACCACCUGCCUGGGAUGCAUUAUUUGAUGGUAACCACCAACUUCAUGUAGUAAGAAAGCCGCUGUCUCCACCUUCACAAAGCGACUGCGCAAACCUGAUCGAUGGCAAAGGAAAGAAGAGAAGGGCCCCACCACCGCCUCCCAACAAGACGCCAUAUAAUGCAGGAGACCAGAAGGUCACAGAUCCAUCCGAAAAGGAAAACAUCUGGUCACGGUCUAGCUUGUCCCGCAAGUCUUUUGAUGCUAAAUUAUCUUCAAUAAUGCAACAGUUCCAGAAGCCAACAGCUGCUCCCCGGAAGUUCGUAUCUUCUGAGAAGCAUAGCGGUGACCAGCUGAGACUAGCAGAAGAGGAUGUCCCAUUGAAACCAACGCCUGCUCCUCGACAGAAGUCCAUAAGAGAGAGAUUUGUUCCUAGAUCUUGGUUACCAUCGCAAGAAUGACUUCAUUUUAUCCAUAUUUGACUAUAUCUGUAUAGUUUGCUUCUUAGCUGGUGUAUUUUUUUUAAUUGUAUAUUAUGUUAAAACUGGAAGUUGAUGAUCCACAUAUACAUGGGCUGCAAUUUGUUACAAAGGACUCUGGAAGGAAUGCAUUUUUUCCCCUCUGAGCAAUUUGCAGCAUAGAAUAGUUGGCAAAGUAAUCACAAUGCUGUUGCUAAAUUAUUUGCAGUGUGAUCAGCCUAUGUGUAAGAAUUUAUUUUGAAUAUUCUGAGCUCUUAUUUUGAAUAUCCUGGGCUUUUAAUCUUCAAAAACGGUUUCGUUUUAUUGUUUGUUUUAUCUGUCAUCCACAAGCUAGAAGACUGUUCUGCAUCAUAAUUACACAGUGGAUACAGAAGUUAAAUGUCAAUUGAUGUUGUAUCACACCCAUUAUUCUUUUCUUUACCAGUUGUUGUCUGUAGCCGGCAACCUAGAUCGUUGUAGAACGAAUAGUCCAAUUAGGUUUAGUCCUAAAGAAUACAAGUGUCAGUAAAUCCAUGCGCUUCAGGAUGCGGUCAAUACUUGCAGAGCAGUGACUUGUGGUCUCCCAGAGUUUUAACUAUAAAAAUGCUAUCAAAUAAAUAUCUUCUUUGUAUUACAGGUUGAGUAUCCCUUAUCCAAAAUUCAAAAUCACACAUUUCUCUUACGUCCUAGAGGAUGCUGGGGUCCACAUUAGUACCCUGGGG